UAAAGUAAAGUUUACGGAAACCAGAGGACAGCGAAAAAGGUUUCAAACUCUAUCGGACUGGUUCUCGAUGUUUGCCGGUAUCUGCGUGCUUCUGACCAGCCCAUAAGUUCUGCUCAGCUGUCUGAUCGCUAGAAAAAUUUGGGAUUGCAUGGCAAUGGAAGAGGUUUUCUGCGAUACACACGGAACUCGAUGUCUGCUGAAGACGGGAGUGAGGGAUGGACCCACCAAGGGCAAGAGCUUCUACUUGUGCAGCGUUCGCGGAACUCCGUGCGACUUUACUCUGACGGCUGACAUCCCUCCUUCUCAUUGCCUGCAUCAUGAGGACUCGCUGGUCGAGCUUCAAGCUCUAUCCCCCAGAGACCAGAAGCACUGCUACAGGUUGUUAUUCCGAUGCAUUGUGGGAAAGAAGGAAGGGCUGAAAUGGUGUGGCAGUUUACCAUGGAAGGAGAAAAAAGCUGCUGAGAAGAACCACUCAGACAGAGAAGAGUCACAGAUUCCCGGCUGCCCCCGUGAGAGGAACCCAUUUAAAGCCCCAAGCAAGACCAACGAGGCUUCUGAGUGGAGGACCCUCCAGAAUGGAGGGAGUGGAAGACAAGAGAAGACUGCAGAACGGAGAGAGGAAAAUACAGGUGGAGGAACUGAGGAUGAGGGAGGGAAAAAACACUGGAGAACUUAUCAACUCCCUCCGGGGGCUAAGGUCAAGAAGAAGUCUUCAGGCGAGGGUCGCAGAAAAGAUGGUCAGGAAAGAGAAUCAUUGGAAGUUACCAAUGGUCCUACUGGAACGUGGGUUAAGGAGGCAAGAAGUGGAAGAGAAGAGGAAAGGGGGCAGAACCAAGGGAGGAAGUCUGAGGAAGCUUGGGAUAAGGAAGAAGUGGCUGGACAUGGAGGAGUCUGUGAAGAAGUGCAGAGCCACAAAGAUGCCAAGAAGCAAGUGUCGCAGGAAGGAGAGAGGAAUGGCGAUAGAGGGGAUACCCCCUCUCAAGCUAAUGAGGGUCAGAGACCCAGAAGAACAGAGAAGGACACGGCCCAAGCCCUGCCUACUGAUGGAACAGUAGUCCCUUGUUCUACAGGAGCGAAGGACAAUCAGUGUUCCAAACCUGUACAACAAAAGGGAGGUGGGACUGACAGCCAGGAGGAAGAGGAUAACGAUGUCUUACUGGUGUCUGUGCAACAGGGCACAAAACAGGCCCCAUUGAUGGAGAUGGGGAAGGCGGUGGCCCCUGUACAGAAGACCCUGACAUCAUUCCCUGGCUUCCAUCUGGCAUCCAAGGCCCCACAGGAGAACCCCCAGACCCUGCACAACCAGCUUUCCACACAGCUCAAGCAGAAGAAGGCCACCCUGUCCAUAGUGAACCUCUCAGCCCUCCCUGACAAAGGUGAGAGGCUGAAGACCCAGGUGAAAGAGCUGGAGGAGGCGCUGGAGUCCCUGAGCCUGACCGCCGGGGACCUCAGCCAGCCAGAACCUCAGAGUGCUGGAGAUGACACUAAGCUAGGCAUCCUCCCUAGCCAGACAAACACUGUCAGCCGGCUUGGGGGAACCAUCUUGCUUCCUGGACCCUGUGUUCCUGUCCAGGCUGGUCCCAGUGCCCUGGGGCUCGAUCUCAGCCAGGGUGACUCGCAGAAGUACGGAGUGAACCCCCAGGUUCAUGCUUUCUACGGCGGCCGCAUGACUGAGAGCAGGCUGCUGGCGGUCCGGAACGCCGCCACGGAGGCCAUCGACCACCUGCACCACUCGCUGGAGUCCUGCCCCAGGCCGGACCGCGAGGAGAAGGACCCACGUGGCAUCAAGGUGCCUUUACUUCCCCAUCAGAGGCGUGCCCUGGCCUGGCUGCGCUGGAGAGAGACCCAGAAGCCAUGUGGAGGGAUUCUGGCGGAUGACAUGGGUCUGGGAAAAACUCUCACCAUGAUCGCGCUCAUUCUGGCCCGAAAGCAAAAGGAAAAGAAGGAUGAUAAACUAGAGGAAUGGAUCUCCAAAAAAGACUCAUCACUGGUUGCCUCACAGGGCACUUUGAUCAUUUGCCCCGCCUCCCUGGUCCACCACUGGAAGAAUGAAAUAGAGAAACGCGUGAAGAGAGGUCAGCUGAGUGUGUACUUGUACCACGGGCCCAACCGCCAGCGGAGCACCCACGUUCUUGCAGAACACGACGUGGUGGUUACCACCUACAGCCUGGUUUCCAAGGAGAUUCCCGUCGAGAAGGAAGAUCCACAGAGACCCAGUCAGGACGUUGCAGAUGAGCUGGCUAAACUGCCUCCGCUCAUGCGUGUGGUCUGGGCCCGUGUGGUUCUGGACGAGGCCCACAACAUCAAGAACCCCAAGGCGCAGACCUCCAUGGCUGUGUGCAGACUACAGGCUCAGGCACGCUGGGCCGUCACCGGGACCCCAGUUCAGAACAACCUGCUGGACAUGUACUCCUUGCUAAAGUUCCUGAGAUGUUCUCCGUUUGACGAGUAUAAGCUAUGGAAGGCCCAGGUGGACAACGGCUCCAAAAGGGGUGGGGAAAGGCUGAAUAUCCUGACCCAGUCCCUCAUGUUGCGCAGAACCAAGGACGAGCUGGAUUCGGAUGGCAAACCGCUGGUCGCUCUACCGGAUCGAGUCUGUGAAGUCCAUCACUUAAAGCUGUCAGAAGAUGAACAGGCUGUUUAUGACGUCAUCUUUACUCAAUCUAAGUCAACACUGCAGUCUUACCUCAAGAGGCACGAAAAGGACGAUUCAACAGCAGAAGUCAAGAUAAAUCCCUUUCAAAAAGUGGCCCGUGAGUUUGGUGUCCCUCCGGAUACAGUGGCCUCCUCGCAGCCAGCCUCAUCCUCCGCCUCCAGUGCCGUGCACAUCCUGUCCCUACUGCUGCGGUUGAGACAGUGCUGCUGCCACCUGUCCCUGCUGAAGAAGACCCUGGAUCAGUCAGAGCUGCAGGGAGAUGGCAUCGCACUGUCCCUGGAGGAGCAGCUGGGUGCCCUGUCGCUCUCUGAGCCCACCCCCAACCCCCAGCCCGACCCCGAAGACAUGGUGUCCCUGAAUGGAAACCGCUUCCGCUCGAGCCUGUUUGAGGACACCAGCUGUAGCACCAAGAUUGCUGCCAUUCUGUCAGAGCUCAGGAAAAUAAGAGAAGCUCACGGUGCCCAGAAAUGUGUGAUCGUGUCCCAGUGGACCAGUAUGCUCCACAUAGUGGCUGUUCAUCUGCGGGAACUGGGCUUGAGGUUCGCGGUCAUAGAUGGGACGGUCAACCCCAAGCGUCGUAUGGACUUGGUCGAGGAGUUCAACAAUGACCCCAAGGGACCACAGGUGAUGCUGGUUUCGCUCUGUGCUGGAGGUGUAGGGAUUAACCUGGUUGGUGGGAAUCACCUCUUCCUCAUGGACAUGCAUUGGAACCCGGCCUUGGAAGACCAAGCCUGUGACCGCAUCUACAGGGUGGGCCAGACCCGAAACGUUACCAUUCACAGGUUUGUUUGUGAAGGCACUGUGGAGGAAAAGAUCUCCUCCCUUCAGGAGAAGAAGAAAGAGCUGGCAAAGAAGGUGCUAUCGGGCACAAGCGACUCCUUCACCAAACUCUCGCUGGCUGACCUCAGAGUUAUCUUUGGAGUUUGAGCAAAUGAACAUACUGGAGACACUACAGAUGCUCCUCAAGCAUGUUAGAGGACUGGUCCAGAAAGACAGAAUCGUCACACAUCUGCAAAAAAAGACAUCUGCACUUGUAAAUAACUAGGUCUCCUUUCAUGAGUUUCCAUAAAAAAACACAUUGUUCUUCUAGCACCAUCUCUGAUGGAAAUGACUUCUCAUAAGGCUUGGUUAUUAAUCUGUGAUUUCACGCUCGAUGCUACAGCCUGAAAACAAUUUCUUUACAAUCGGAUUCAGCAUGUAUGUUAUACAUUAACCAUGGUUAAGUACGGUUAUGAUUUUGCUAUUUCUCAGGUGCUGAGUUCUGGUGUAAGUUGUAAUGGUUUUAAUGUAUAAUAACUUCAGCUUGUAUAUAUGUUUUAUGUGCUAACGUAUUUUAAGACGGAGGUGGCGUCUGCAUAUAGCAUGUGAACAAUUGCUAUGUUGAAUGUUGCUGUUUAAUAAAUUUUUGAGUAUUGUAAACAU